AUGCACCAGCCCUCUAGUAUUGGUAUAGAAGCCAAGUGUCAUGGAGGCACUGGCAACCACGGCAUUGAUCAAAUUCCCAUAUGUGUCUUCAAAGACACGGUCGUGGACCCCAGCUCCGAGCUUACCACCCAGGACUUAAAGGAGAAGGAAGCUGAGGAGGAGGCAGAGAAUGGGAGGGCUGCACCUGCGAAUGGGACCGCCAAUGAGGAAAAUGGGGAGCAGGAAGUUGGCAACGAGGGAGAUGAAAACCUGGGAGGGGAGGGGAGGGGAGGGGAGGGGAGGGGAGGGGAGGGGAGGGGAGGGGGAGGUGAUGAAGAUGAGGAUGCUGAGGCAGCUAGGGCCGCUGAAGAUCAUGAGGGUGACGAUGCUGACACCAAGAAGCAGAAGACCGAUCAGGAUGACUAG